UAAGUUGGAUUGUAAUAAUCCUUCAGUUCCGUGAAGGACGGGUCUCCUGUCUAACCACAGCUGUCCCGAAAUCAAGCCAUGACAAAAAACCAUUAUUCAUUUAGGGGUUUCCGCGAAGAACAGCAAAAUGCUCGCUAAAAAUUCUAUUUAUUCAUCACCCAAACCCCACAAUAAUCGUACUCCAAGUCUUGGGAUUCCUUUAUACGGAUCGCAAAAGCUCCGCGGCAGAGCAGAGAGCCUCAUCAAUUUCUGUGAGCAAAACCCUUUUCCAAGACACCAAAAUGAAGAAAAUGGUGUUAAAAGUGACAAUUGAGGACGAGAAAAGAAAGAGAAAGGCCCUCAAAGUGGUUGCAGAGGUUGAAGGGGUGGAUUCUGUGGCUGUGGAGAUGAAGGAUAACAAGAUCACUGUAAUUGGGGAAGCAGAUCCAGUGUCUGUCGCCGGAAGACUCAGGAAAUUCGGAUUUGGCAACGCAGAGCUGCUCAGCGUGGGUCCCGCCAAGGAGGAGAAAAAAGAAGAGAAGAAGGAUGAGAAGAAAGAUGAGAAAAAACCAGAAACCCCAAAAGUUGUUUAUGUCUACCCGCCUUAUAAUAAUGGUUACAGUUAUGUCAGUGCCGAGAAUCCGAAUGCCUGUACCAUCUCAUAAAUUCUGAGCUUUAUUUUUUAGCUCUGUUUUCCAAGGACGGAUUCCCCCGACUUCUUGUUAGAGCUUAAGUGCUUACAUAAUCUCUCUGCCAUAUUAGUUUGUACGGUAAAUAACCGUACGAGCUGUCGGAAAAAAAAGUAACUUAAUUAAAAACAGCAGAAAUUUGGCGGAGAAGUGUGCACUGUGAUCUAGUAUUUUGUUCUGUGCCGUAAUCGUACCCAGCUUUUAGUUCCUGAUGUCAUGUUUUACUGAAACUGGGCGAAUUUAAGACUAUUUUCAGUGUCUUUCUCAUC